UUGUUUCUCCUAAAAUUCCUAGGAGCGUUAGGUGAGACUUCAGGCUUAAACCUUGCACCUUUCCAGCACUGGGGAGACAUUCUGAAACCUCAGUGAGAGCUUGAUGAGAUCUCCUUUGAAACUUACAGAGAGCCCAAGUUGAGAUUUUCUGCACCUGUUUCUCAGGAGAAACAAUUUAGAAACAGGCGAAAUCAGCCACAGCCUCACUUUAGUCUCAGAUAGAUCUCAUAGUUGUCUAUGAGAAAUUAAUCUUUUCCAAUUUUCAUCUCCUCUGGGUAAAUUUGAAUUGAUUAUACAGUGCAGACAGAAUUAGCAUUUUUGCACUUCCGGGUCCAGGGUUUUUUUGAAUGGGUUGUCGGUCAGAUGCAUCAAAAUAAGACCUGUAAUUAACACGAGCUGAAAAUAUUUUCAUAUUUUAUUCUACAACAUAAAAUUUGUCAGGAAAAUACCCCACAUUUGGAUUAAAAAAACAUUUACGAUUGCUGAAAUAGUCAGUUGCUAACAAGUGGCUAAUCAGGCCGAACACAGAGAUCCAUCUACUCACUAGUCCGUUUUAACGUCAGUUGGACGUCAGUUGCAAAUUAUUCUCUUUCUUUUCACUUAUCCCUGCAUCACUCUCUUAGUUUUUUUUUUCUAACUUUCGACAGCCCUGUCCAUGUUAACAGAACCAUUCAUAAGCUCUGUCACCAGCUGAUUAGUAUUUCUUGUAAUGAAUUAUCUUCAUUUGUAAAAUUGGUGAAGUGUGCUUAUGAAUCAAAUGUUUCUCCUCUUCAUUCCCUACAUGUUCAGAAACUGAGUAAUCCUCUUGCCAAUCAGCAACAUGCCGGAGCUGAACUGCUCUCUUGCGGCUCUUUUCAACACUGGUGCCACAGUUUUCACUGACGUAGGCUGCCCCGAGGCUGCUGUGGUGUGUGGGAUGAAUAUCUCCUGGGCGUUGGCUGAUGCCACCGCACAAGAUCUGGAUGACAUGUGCUUGAGCGAGGAGGAUUACCUGGCCAGGCACCUGGGGCCCCGGAGGUCCCGAGUGUUCCUUCCCGUCUGUGUCACCUACCUCACCAUCUUCUUGGUGGGCGUCCUGGGCAAUUCCCUGACCUGUGCAGUCAUUUUGCGCUACAGGGUGAUGCAGACACCCACAAACUACUAUCUGCUGAGCCUGGCGGUGUCUGACCUACUGGUGCUGCUGCUGGGCAUGCCGUUAGAGCUCUACGACAUGUGGGAGAACUACCCCUUCCUGCUCGGGGAGGGAGGCUGCUACUUUAAAACCUUCCUGUUUGAGACGGUAUGCUUCGCUUCCAUCCUCAACGUCACAGCACUCAGCGUGGAGCGCUACGUAGCCGUGGUGCACCCUCUCAAAGUCAAACACAUGACGACACGCUCCCACGUCAAGAGGGUCAUCUUCAUGCUGUGGGUGCUGUCCAUGCUGUGCGCCGUGCCAAACACCAGUCUGCAUGGGAUUCAGGAGCUACCCCCAAGGUUUGGACGUCAGUUUCCCCAAUCUGCAAUCUGCCAUGUGGUCAAGCCCACCUGGAUAUACAACCUGAUCAUCCUGAUUUCCACAGUGGUCUUCUUCCUGCUCCCCAUGCUGAUCAUCAGCAUCCUCUACCUGCUCAUUGGCUUGCGGCUGCACCGGGAGAGGCUGAUGACCGAAGUGGACGCCAGGUGUAGCUUUGGAGCGGAAAGCCUCACCAGGACCCACAAGCAGAAGCUGAGCAAACGCAACGUGCAAGUCACCAAAAUGCUGUGCGUGCUGGUGGUUGUGUUUGGCCUUUGCUGGGCUCCUUUCCACGUGGAGCGCUUGAUGUGGAGCUACAUCGACACCUGGUCCGAGCUGCACCUCAAGGUCUUCGAGCACGUCCACAUCUUCUCCGGAGUCUGCUUCUACCUGAGCUCUGCCGUCAAUCCCAUCCUCUACAACCUCAUGUCCACCAGGUUCAGAGAAACGUUCAGUCACAUGACCUGUUUUUCCAACAGCUGGCGGCCACGCUCCAGCCUCCAGAUGACCCAGCGCAGCACUUUGAGCGAGAAAAUGGCCAGCAGUACUAGACUGACUUAGAUUUUUGUGCGCCCGUCCAGCCCAAAGGAAGUCGGAGAACACCAAAUCCGGAAGGGUGACGAAUUGAAAGAAACACUGAAUGAAUUGAUGGAGGAAUGCAAUUAUUACAGGGAACAAGGGCUCACUGAGUAGUUUGAUGAGCGAAUCAUAUCGUAUGGCCCUCACCAUCGCAGGAUCCCAUCACAGCUGAACACCUAUGGCAGAUUUAAUACACCAUCACCAGCUUUUGGAAGAAUGAUGUUGAUCCCUCAGAGACUAUCUAGAAUCCUUUCUUUUAAUUAGUUGCCCAUUUGUACAUAUCAGUAGCUUCAAAUACUGCAGACCUUCAAAUGGCAUGGUCUUAGCCCCAAAUGUAAGGAUACUACCCUUGAAGUCGUAGGGGUCAAACGAAGAUUAACGUCACAGCGAAUGGAUAGAACCAUGUGACCAAAGGCUGUGUGACAAGUCUUGAGAGCACAGAGCACACAUGCAUGCUGCACGCUGGAAGUCACACAAAAAGAUAUACAUAGUAAUUCAAAUGCCAAAUGAUGAGACGGAGCAGCAUCAAAUGUUUGGAUGACCAGUGACAUUAUCAUAUAGAUGGCACAGCAGCAUUUUUAAGCACAGGGAAUGUUGCCCAUCACCACUCUCCAAAGCAUCUAUUUGUGUUCUAGGUGAAUGUAUUUAUUGUAUGCACUGUUUAAUGUGAAGCACAACAUUUGGACGCUUGCUUAUUUGCUAUUGUACGGCUCCAGCAUUAACACGCCUCCACAGGAAAGAACGAAUGCACAAUGGCGCCUGUUUAAAAGCAAGAACAUUUUGUGCAGGAAUGCAUUGCAGGGGAAAAUGAAAGUCAGUCGAGUAAAACGAGAACAAACGCGGGGAUUCGUCUAUGGGGUCUAUGUGAUGGUUCCGUAUUUAUAGCCAUUGACAACGCUGAUGAUUAGCCUCUGGAAAUACUGGAGGCCCGAUUAUUUCAUCUGCCAACAGCUGAAUUGCGACAAGUUUCUUUGAUAAAUGUGAAAUGGCUAACAUUUGUAAAACACUGUGAUGUUUAAUUAAUUGAUUUAUUGGUGCAAUUUGUAGAAUGUGGGCGGAGUCCAAAGGUAGCUCCAAAAACAUGGGGUGCAGCACAUCACAGAGUGACCGACAACUACUGUGCCGUGUUCCGAUAUCGAUACAUCCCGUACUUACUAUACUUAGUUUGAGUACUUAAGGUGUUCCGAUAUCCAUCGUGGCGAAAAGAAGUGUACCUAAAGGACCUGGAUGUUGCCCUCAUAACUGCAAAUACGUUGAGUGUGCAACGAACAUAAGUUCUGGUAAGGGCACCACGGAGUUUUAGAUUUGGAACAACACCUGCUGAAAUCUGCGUACUUAGUAAGUGCAGAUAGUGUACUAUGUCUACUCAUCGAAGUAUGAAAAUCGGAACACAGCACUGCUCUUUGCUAGCGAUCCUUGGCUGUAGCUAGCUAACGUUAGCUAAAUAGCUCAUUGCCCAGUUAGAUGUGGAGCCAGUUGCCCUUGAGUUUGGACCCUACACCGAACUAGGACUGACCACAGCGUCCAAGACAGUUUGACAACAGGGGAACUCAACAGAGCUGAUUUACAGCAGCUCAGACCAAGACUGUGACUUCUGGGAUGAGCCGGAAUAU